GCGUGUGUGAGUGAGUGAGGGGCCCGAGGUGCUGCCUGCACACACAACACACACUCGCACACAACACAUCUUCCAGACCGGUCCCCUGACCGCCAGCUCCACACGCCACAGAAAGGCUGGGUGCUGACACCGCAGGAGGCAGUGCCUGGACCUGGGAGAGAGUGGGAAGUGGAGUCAGAGUUAACUGCGUUGACUGAGGCCACAAGGCCACAGGUGGAGGAGCCAGGACUCAAACCCCAGCCUAGGGCUGGAGGCUGAAAUCUCACCCACUGUGCUGGAGCUGCCAGAGUCCACCAAGUUGCAGACGGAGCCUGUAGCCAGAGAGGCUGCCGAGCAGGGCCAGGCCGGGCCCUGCCCGCAAGGACGCCCAAGCUCUUCACCGGCCCCUGCUCCGCAGAGCCCACCAGGCUCCCCUGCUGGCCCCAAAAUGACAUCGGAGUCUGCAUCACCCCCAGUUGUGCCCCCGCUCCACUCCCCCAAGUCCCCUGUCUGGCCCACUUUCCCCUUCCACCGGGAGGGCAGCAGGGUUUGGGAGAGGGGUGGUGUCCUGUCUCGAGACCUGCCCAGUCCUCUACCCACCAAACGGACCAGGACAUAUUCGGCGACAGCCCGUGCCUCAGCCGGCCCAGUGUUCAAGGGUGUCUGUAAGCAGUUCUCACGCUCACAGGGCCACGGCUUCAUCACCCCUGAGAAUGGGUCGGAGGACAUCUUCGUGCAUGUGUCUGACAUUGAGGGGGAGUACGUGCCAGUGGAAGGUGACGAGGUGACCUACAAGAUGUGCCCCAUCCCGCCCAAGAACCAGAAGUUCCAGGCCGUGGAGGUGGUGCUCACCCAGUUGGCCCCCCAUACUCCUCACGAGACGUGGUCUGGCCAGGUCGUGGGUUCCUAGGCUGGGUGGCUCUCGUGCCAGCCAGCCAGGUGGGUGGAGAGGCACAUGGGGUGGACAGGCAGCAGCUGGCCCUGUGCCCCACUGCACCAACUGGCCAGUCCCUGGGGGCCUCAGUGUGCGCAUCCGUCUGUCUGUCUAUACUUGUGGCUGUGAGCGUGUGCUCUACCCAUCUCGUGACCAUGACUGCUGGGUGAGUUAGCUAGGAAUUGGGUGGAGGAGGCGGCUGCCAGGCCUGGCUUCUCUGCUUCCACUGCCCCUUUCCCCUCCCUGCCCCAGACACACAGGGUCUGCUUGGCCUCCUGGCCACCAUCCCCACACUGGGCUCUGGGGGAACAGUGGGAGCCCUCCAUAUAGGCUUGCUCCCCUUGCCCCAACCUGUGCCCUCCUCUGCCAGGCCCUGACACUGGGCCAGACUCUGCUGUGCUGUUUAUGGACCCAAACCUGGGCUGGGGUCUCCCACCAUGGCCUGGACCCCUCAGGAGCUAGGCCGGUGAGUGCUUUGGGGGGGCCUCCCAGCCUCUGGCUAGGAGGAGACAAGACAGCAAAACACAGAGGCACAGCGCCCUCCCCACCAUGAGGCUGGCCUUCCUGCUCUCAGUGCAUGGGGGGGGGAGCAGGAAAGAGGGGCCUCGGGGCACAACUUCCUGUGUUCUUGGCCAGUCCCUCCGCCUCAGCCUGGCCACAGCUGUGUCCCUUCCCCUGGCCAUGCUGAGGAAGUGAGGGUGAAGGGAAUAGUGGGGGGUCCACCUCCCCGGCUCAGAUGGAGCUAUCCCCUUUACCCUGACUCACAAACUCGCCAACACUCUGCCCCCUGCCCCGCCACAACAGCUGCUGAGAAUGCUGCAAUGGAGAGACACACGUGCUCUCAGGCAGGGGCAGGCCUGCAUGCUCACAAGGACGGCCCUCGGCCUGAGAAACCUCUGGCCCUGCAACCUCUAUGCCAGACCCUUGUCUGUCCUAAAGCCACAGGACCGGUGCUUCCCACUGGCCCCUGACAAACCAGUGGCUUAAGGCGUGGCCUUAGCUUGUCUAUCCCUGAUGUGUGGCCCCUCUCACCUAGAGUCCCUUUCAGGCCAGGGUAUAUGUGUACACAUAUUCAUUCUUGGGCAGAGGCCGGGAAGCAGGAGGUUGCCUGCUUGCACCUCCCCACACCUGCCUACCAUACUCCCUUCCAAAGAGCACAUCAUCUGACCGAGAAGAAAAAUGGGGUUCAAGGGAGGACCUUCCAGGGACAGUAACCCUAUAUGACCCUAAGAGGAAAAUUGGGGGCUCAAAUGCCCAGGAUGAGGGGGAUAGUAACUGACUAGGAGGAUCACUGCCCCUAGGUGCCCCAAGACCCCAGGGCAGUGGUCAGAGGGGCAUCUGCACCCCACAUCCAUCCCAGUGCUUGCCACAGGGAGGCUGGGAGCCCAGAACUGCUGAGGUAGUCUGGACAGCCCCAAAGCGGGGGGCCCUGCCUGUCUGGUACCCCACUCUGAGCUAGGCUCCAGCAAGGCCUAUCCCCUGAGGAACAAGGACCCUACCUCCCUUGGAAGAGGGUUUGUUGGUACAGGUUGAAUCCCAGGAACCCUAGAGGCCUCCCUCCUGUGAGGAGGCCCCUUUUAGGCACCAGUCAGCCCAAGGGUGGGGGCAGCCACUCUCCUCCCCACUCAUGGGCCUGCAGUGCCCACCCAGAGGCCCUCCCAAGAACCCUGCCACCCAGCUCUCCAUCCUUCCUAACACUGGCAAUAAACCCUCACUGUGACCUGC